AUCACCGAUAUCUUAUAAACCAUUACGAAGGACAUCUUCUUUGGUAUACGUCGCACCGCCCAUAGUAAAAUCAGCAUCCGCCGUUGUUGCUACCGAUCGAAAAUCCAUUGAUAAGGACGUCGAUUAUAUGUCUUAUCCAAAGUAUUCGUUUAAUUAUGGCGUUAUCGAUGGAUACACCGGUGAUUCUAAAUCUGCAUGGGAGGAAAGAGACGGAGAUACUGUGAAGGGAGAAUACUCGGUGGUCGAGGCCGACGGAACUAUUAGAACAGUUUCAUAUACGGCUGAUGAUCACAAUGGUUUUAAUGCCGUUGUCACGAGAAGCGAGCCUCCAAAGAAGGAGAAAUCUUCGGAGAACGUUAAAGCAUUUAUACCAGCAUCUCUUAUAAAUGGAGAUAUUAAAAAAUUGCGACAUUGAUCUUUUUAUGGAACAUAAAAGGAUCGACGAAGUGUAACGAUAGUUCCUUGAAAUUAAUAAGAAGAAAACGUAUUAACGACUAUGAGGCUUUUUCAAAUUUGUACUUAUUAAAGACGCCUAAGCAUAAUCCAGACUGUGCUUUAACGAUUCUAAGGUACAUAGUGUAUACAUAUAUAUAUAUAUAUAUAUAUAU